CACGCUAGUGAUGGAGACGGAGCGGGUGUGCCCCGGCAGACAGGAAACCUUAACCACCUCCGAGACCACCCGCGCUUCCCGAAUCACAGGGAGGAGGGCUAGCAGUCUCUGGGAACCCCAGGGGAGAGGAUGAAAACGCAUCGGACUGAUGUAAACCGGCGGCGAGAACCACCGCGCCUCCCCCCCAUCCCGCCACCAUUUCCCCGCCCAAUAGGCUCCUCGCCCUCCACCUUACUCCAGCCUCUGUCAACACCCCAGCACUCCAUUCCCGAUCCUGGCCAGGAUGAAGACGGGGGCUGCCGAGUCCCAGGACGGAGAUGGGGUGCCCGAGGCUAGGAGAGGCUUGGAACAGCUGUGGGACGUCCUGCUGGGGAGCGCCAGGGAGCUGCGGUUGAAGACCCUGGACUUUAGCGACCUGCGGGAGGAGGAAGAGGAGGGCGAAGGACACCCCCGGUCCGACGGCGCCACUCCGUGCCCGACGCAGGGGAACGGACCCCCGCCCCCUCCCCCUCUCCCUCCCCCCCCUCCCCUCGCCGGCGCGACCCCCAGGACCGGCGGAGGCAGGGGCACCCGCAGGCUGCACUGGAAGGGCAUCGCCGAGCUGCCCGCCCAGCCCAAGUUCAGCCGCUUCGGACCCGCCACCAUCUGGGACGGGCUGCAACCCGUGGCCCUGGACACGGAGAGGCUGCGGGAACUCUUCCAACGCAGCGUCGGGGACCCCCAGCACCCCCAGAAACAGGGCGCGGGGCGCAGGCAGGAACUGAACGUGCUGCCCGUGAAGAGAAGCAACGGCAUUAACAUCGCGCUGACAGCCUUGCCCCCGCCGCACAUCAUCCAGGCGGCCCUCCUCUCCUUCGACCGCUGUGCCCUGGACAGGGAAGCCAUCGAGAGGCUACAGACCAUGGUUCCCACAGAGGAGGAGGUGCAGCAAAUCCUGGAGGCACAGCGAUCCAAGCCGGUCCAGGCCCUGGGCAACGCCGAACACUUCCUCCUCAGACUGGCCACCGUGCCCGAACUUACAGCCAGGCUCAGCCUCUGGGCCUUCAUGCUGGACUACGACACCAUGGAGAAGGAGGUCGCUGAACCUCUUUUUGACCUGAAGUUGGGGAUGGAACAAUUGGCCGGGAACAAGACCUUUCACUGUAUCCUUGCAACCCUGCUGGCCAUUGGCAACUUCCUCAACGGUGUGAACGCAAAGGGCUUCGAGCUGUGGUACCUGGAGCGGGUGCCGGGCGUGAAGGACACCGUGUGCAAGAAGCCUCUGCUGCACCACGCCUGCUCGAUCAUCGUGCAGAACUUCCCCGACACCACCGACCUCUACUCCGAGAUCACCGCGCUCACCCGCUCAACCAAGGUUGACUUCGUGCAGCUGCAGACCGACCUGGCCCAGCUCGAGUACAACUGCAAGGCGUCCUGGGAUCACCUGAAGUCGAUCAGCAGGCGGGACAGGAACGCCGCCUUCCGCAGCAGCGCGGCAGCCUUUUUGCGGGAGGCCGCUCAGCGCACCAUCAUCCUGAAGGCCGUCUACCGGCGAGUGAGCAACAGGUUCCACUCCUUUCUCCUCUACCUGGGCUACCCCAGCUCCUACGUUCGCAAGGCCACUGUCAGUCGGUUCUGCAAGAUGAUCAGCGACUUUGCCCUGGAGUACCACAUGGCCCGGCUCCAGAUCCUGCAACAACGGGAACGCCAGGACAGGGAGAAGGAGCGUCAACAGGCAGAGGACGUGCCAUCGGCCGGAGAGACGGAUUCCCCGCAGAGCGUUGCCGUGGUGAUCCGCACCCUGUUCCCGGACUGCAGCCAGCAGCAUGAGGACAUGAAGGAAAUCCUGAGAACCCCGGAGCGGAGCCGGAAGUUCGACAACAGCCUCCCUCGCUUGCGCAGGAAGAAAUUCCAGGGCAAGGAAAUCCUCGACUAGAAGCUUUCCUGGUAAUGUGGUGAAGGCCCGUGGGAAAGAGGCCUCAGCGUCGAACUGGUUGGAGGCCCUGCCCUUACGAAGCUGAAAGAGGCCUCAGCGUCAAAUAGGACUGCGGCCCUGCCCUUACGAAGCUGAAUGAGGCCUCAGGGUCAAACAGGAUAGCGACCCUGCCCUUACGAAGAUGAAAGAGGCCUCAGCGUCAAACAGGAUGGAGGCCUUGCCCUUUUGAAGCUGAAUGAGGCCUCAGCAGCAAAUAGGACUGCGGCCCUGCCCUUACGAAGCUGAAUGAGGCCUCAGGGUCAAACAGGAUUGCGACCCUGCCCUUACGAAGCUGAAUGAGGCCUCAGCAUCAAAUAGGACUGCGACCCUGCCCUUACGAAGCUGAAUGAGGCCUCAGGGUCAAAUAGAAUGGUGGCCCUGCCCUUAUGAAGCUGAAAGAGGCCUCCGCAUUGAACAGGAUGGCGGCCCUACCCUUAUGAAGACCGUUUCUUUCUCAAUCCAUCUGCUUUGGACUCUGUGAAGCUGGACUGUCACAACGUGGCCGGAGUGAGAGAAUUCCAGAAUCCAGGAACGUGGUGGUUAUGUGUGUGAUAGGCCCGAGGGGGCAGUGGUGAAUUCAAAUGACCAGCUGACUAAAGUGCUGAGGCAGAUCUCUUUCUAUAUAUACAUAUAGUGCUUUGUAUGUUGUAUUAAACAGAAUUAAAUAAACACUGACUCUUGGCUUA